UUCCUGCAGGUGAUCAUGGGCAACGUGUUGGCCGCUAGCUUGCCGCCCGCGGGGCCGCCCCCCCCGUCCGGGCCGGGCCUCGUGGCCGCGCCGCCGCCGCUCCCGCCGCCGCCGCCGGGCUUCACGCUGCCCCCCAUGGGCGGCCUGAGCGCGGGGCCUGGCGCCCGCGGAGGAGUCCCGGGCGGCCCCGCGAGCGGGCCCGCGGCGCCGGAGGAUGAGGCCUGCUGCUGCCUGCCUAACCCGGGCACGUUCGAGGAGUGCCACCGCAAGUGCAAGGAACUGUUCCCGGUGCAGAUGGAGGGCGUUAAGCUCACGGUGAACAAGGGCCUCAGUAACCACUUCCAGGUCAAUCACACCGUGGCCCUCAGCACAAUUGGAGACUCCAACUACCACUUUGGGGUCACCUACGUAGGGACCAAGCAGCUGAGUCCCACAGAGGCCUUCCCGGUGCUGGUGGGAGACAUGGACAACUGCGGGAGCCUCAACGCCCAGGUGAUCCACCAGGUGGGGCCGGGCCUGCGAUCCAAGAUGGCGGUGCAGACCCAGCAGUCAAAGUUCGUGAACUGGCAGGUGGACGGAGAGUACCGGGGCUCUGACUUCACAGCCGCUGUGACCCUGGGGAACCCCGACGUGCUGGUGGGCUCAGGGAUCCUAGUGGCUCACUACCUUCAGAGCAUCACUCCAUGCCUGGCCUUGGGCGGGGAGCUGGUUUAUCACCGAAGGCCGGGAGAGGAAGGCACCGUCAUGUCUCUGGCAGGGAAGUACACAGCACCUAACUGGCUGGCGACCUUGACCGUGGGCCAGGCGGGGGCCCAUGCUACAUACUACCACAAAGCCAGUGACCAGCUUCAGGUCGGGGUGGAGUUUGAAGCCAGUACCCGAAUGCAGGACACCAGCGUCUCCUUUGGCUACCAGCUGGACCUCCCCAAGGCCAACCUCCUCUUCAAAGGCUCCAUGGACAGUAACUGGAUCGUGGGGGCAACCCUGGAGAAGAAGCUGCCCCCCCUGCCCCUGACACUGGCCCUGGGUGCCUUCCUCAAUCAUCGAAAGAACAAGUUCCAGUGUGGCUUUGGCCUCACUAUCGGCUGAGCCCACCACACCGCCCAUCCCGCCCGUCCCUCCGCCCCCGGGCAGGGCAGGAGGAAGGGUACCUGAGGCUCCCAGAGGCUAGGAGAGGGGGAGACCCCAGAAUCCGGGGAGACCUUGGGCCUGGCCAGGGAGACUCGGGUUUUCGGAGAGCGACUUCAGAAUACUAGAAGACCGAUCCCCCUGCCCCCUUUCCCCAUUCCUGGAAGGGGCUCUAGGCUCUAGGAGACCUAGGUGGGAAGGACUAUGGGGGAGGGUCCUCAGGGUGGGGCCUCUCUCCUUCCCCAUGGUGGAGCUGGGCUGCUGAGAGGGCAGCGUGGGCUGGGCAUUCCUGCCCUGCCUCCCUGGUGGCCAAGGAGGGGGCCCAUCAUCCUCAUCCCCUGGUUCCGUCCAUUCCCCUUGCCUCUCCCUCCCUUCUCCCCACCGACCUGUCUGCCGCCCCCCUCGGUGUAAAUCAUGUUUAUAAGUUAUGGAAAAAACAGAACAUUUUACAGAAAAAAACCCACAAAAAUACAUGGCUAAAACAGUGA